GCGGUGACUUUUACACAGGCGUCCCACCUCCAACAGGCGGAGCGUCAGAUGCGUCGAGAAAAUGUCAACAACAUGCCGGAGACUUCCAGGGAAAGAGAAACCGAUGCAGGAGGAAAAUCCGCACCCCAAACAAAGCAGGGAACCCAGUCAUCAGACAACAUCGUCUCUGUGAUAUCCCGGCUCGCUGAUGAUAACUUAGCGCUUGUGCGGAACAUAAGCACCGGACUGGCGAUUGCUGGUGUCGUUCUGAUAGCAAGGAGCAUUAAACUGACCACCAAAUUCCACGCUGCAGCCGAGAUCCCAGCUCGUUUCAUUGAGAGGAACGUGAGCCUUCGUGGGAAAGUUCACGCCAUCACAGAUGAAGGACUCCAAGUGGAGCACCUCCCAAUUUAUCUGCCAGGCCUUUUGCGUUUACUUUCAAAGCAAAAUGGUGCGUGCACAUCCCCAUUGCUUGUGCACCUUGUAGGAGUGGAGCUGACACCAGAGGGGAAGAUAUGGCUGCAGAAAAACGUGGCCCCUGCCCAAACAGUCUGGCUAAAACUGAUCAGCCGGGAGGACGACAUACUCCACUGUCUGGUGUGGCACAGCAGGAGGUCAAUGUGGAGAGGCUGUUUGAAUGAAGAGGUCCUCCAGCUCGGGCUGGCUCGCACUGCACCUCUCACCGGGGUGCUGCCCGACUCUCGCCUCCAUUGGCGUCUCUACAAACGGCUGCACAGGGCAGAGGUCAAAGCUAAGAGGAGGGGUAGGGGUCUGUGGGAGGAGGACAGCCUAUGGGAAAGGGCCUCCAAGGCCGUCAGGGACAAUGCUUUUGUCAGACUCAUGCGAAGGAUCUUUAAAUGGACUUGACUGAUUUGAAGAAGGAAGAAAAAAGUUAAUGAAAUAAUAAUAAGUGACAUUUCUUAUUACUUAUUUAUUAUGUUCUUGAGUUCAGACACAAGUUUGUUUAGAUGUUCCUUGCCAUUCGUCAUUAUUCAUCUGACUUAUGGAAAACAUUUGAAUGUACUAUAAGAACCCAUCUUUCACUUUACAACCCUUAUUACACCUUAUGUUAUGUUCACCUGUAAGUUUAAUAAAGAUGUUUGUUUAAAACUA